AUGAAGUUUGGCGAACGUCUUGUAAGUACGCUCAUUCCAGAGUGGAGACAGCACUAUUUAGAUUAUAAUGGCUUUAAGAAGUUGCUCGACGAGCACGUAAACGACUCAGAGCGUCUUCUCCCGGUCAACGAUCGGCUUGAAGCCGAGCGUAGCGAGUGGAACAGGACUGGGUUUUCAGAGGCUUUCUAUGAAAAACUACGCUUAUCAGUGGGACAAGUUGAGAGCUUUUACCAGAGCAAAUGCCGCGAAUACAAAAAUCUGUGGAAAUCGAUUCAAGCAAUUCUUUCUUCAGAAGCAGGACACCUAUCACCAGAGCCACUUGUUUCAGUGCACAAUAGUGACGGCGCUAAUAAUGCAGGAUCUGAAAAAGAUGCAGGAGCCCCAUCAGAAGACAUUGAGACGUCGUCUUUGAAAGUAGCCAAGGAGUUUGUGAUCACCAACAAAAGUCUCAGCAGGCAUAGCAGAAAAGAUCGAGCUAUUAAAGAGAGCAAAAAGAAACGCAGCCACCCCAAGCUUACCAGAUCAGAGCUUAAAGACGUGGAGGAGAACAUCUUUGAAUUAUACAAGAGCGUCCGCAUGCUCAAGGAAUUUACCUCUCUCAAUGAAACAGGCUUUAUCAAGAUAGCUAAGAAGCAUGACAAAAUGUUUCCCACGUCUGCAUUCUGCACCGAAAGAAUAAAGGAGUUACUGAUCAAGACCAGCUUUGCAUCUCAGUCCGCUUUGAGUGACUUUGAGGACGACAUUGAACGAGUAUACGGCCAACACUAUGAUACAAAAGGAAAGGGCGCAAAGAAAACGCUGGUCUCCUAUUGUACUCCGAUGGGGGAUCUUUCCAGACAAAGAGAGCGCCUAGCCCUGCACACAGGGGUCAGCCUAGGAUUCUUCGUCCCCAUAGCAUUGAUGCUGGUGGAUAUUGUCUUGAACAUAAUCAUGUCAAAGCACUACUUAAUAGAUUUACCUCCAAUCUGCAGACACUUGAAUCGUUUUCACUUAAGCAUAGUAAUAUACAGCCUUUCCCUAGCUAUGGUUUUUGCUAUCUAUGAGGUUAAGCGUAUCAACUAUGUUCUCAUCUUGGAGCUGCCCUCUGCGAAUAUGGUUGCAGGGGCCAACACCAUUGCUAUCCGUGCACUUUGGUUUUCAACGAUCCACUGCAUUGCGAUCGUGAUGGGCACCGCCAGUGCAUACACCUCUCUCUCAAGUCAUGGCCAGCCGGCCUUUUCGGAACCUCUUCCCUAUCCAUUUGGUAAAUACUUGGCAGCUCUUGCACAGUUGACUCCUUACGAGCUUUGGCUGUGCAUACCUUUCGCCUUCUACUUCUACUGGCUCGUAACCGCCAUCUUUUUCUCCAAAAGGCACAAAUUAAGGCAUUACUGUUUGAUGGUCUUCCUCCGCUGCUUGAAUCCCCGCGUACGACGGAUCAAUUUUCCCCAAUUCUUCUUCAUGGAUCAGUGUGUUUCUCUUUCUGUGAUGAUUAUAGAUUUGUGUUACGUCCUAUCUGGUGGUUAUAUACCGGACUACAUUACUGCAUGCUUUCUGACGACAUUCAAUAUCAUCCGAGCCAUGCAGUGUGGGCGUAGAUAUAAGGAGUCCGGGAAUGCCUAUCCGAAUAUCCACAAUAUGCUGAAGUAUUUGGUUUCAAUCCCAGGCUGCUUUAUGGAGGUCUCUGCUUUGGUCAAAAUAUCGGGCAUCAAGUAUACGCUAUACUCUAUCCGUUGGGUUGAGAUAAUUUAUAAACUUUACUGGGAUACAGUGGAGGAUUGGGCAUUAUUCAGCGGGGGCUCGGGCGCCUUACUUUUCAAGCAAAUCCAUUCAGACUCGAAAGCAUACCGGAAAGGGAUUUUGCAACGAUCAUCUCUGUUUAGUAUUCCAACUCUGUACUUCUGCUUCUUUCUUAAUAUAGCAAUCCGCAUUUAUUUGCCUAUAUCUUUAGUUAUUCCACAUCCGUCUCUACGGGACUUUUGGAUAGCGAGUAUAGCUGGGCUGCUGGAGGUCUUCCGUCGCAAUAUUUGGAAUAUUCUCCGUCUCGAUAACCAGCAGGCAACCAACUGUGAAGGAUAUGUUGUCUCUCGUUUUAUCCCAUUGCUGGAAAGUCACGAGGAACGGGACAAACGUCGUUUAGAUAAUAAGAACCACAGCGCUGGCACGUAG